AUGGGCCUUCACCGCGACCCACCUAGGUGGAGGAUGAACAAGGAGCUUGCAGAGAGAAAGCGUUGGGCAUGGUGGCAUAUCAUAUUACUCGAACGAUGGCAAGCAUUCAUGUUUGGUCGUCCUCUUGCCGUAGCUUCCCACCACUUUGGCACCCAACUUCCCUCCGUUUCCCUAUCUGCAGCUGCAGCUUCGUCCGCUCCGGGAACUCUUUCUGGAUAUAGAACCGAGACACCGUCUCCUGACCUAUGGUCUCAUAGCCAGCUCAGAGCAACUUCUAAUCUUUCCAUCGCCGCGCCGUUGAUGCUGGGUGAUCCAUUGCAGCCUAGAGCUGUAACUCCAAGCUCCCUCCGUUCGUCUCUUCAGCCAGGGGAGGAAGACGAAGAAGACGACCCAUUCGAUCCAAUCGCGCCAAAGACAUCAUCCAACUCCUUCCAUCCAAUUACAAUCGCCGACUUUGACCGUACCUCAACCUCAGCCGAUGAUCCGCUUGCACAAGCUUACUACCAGCAUGGCUAUGAUUAUGACCCGCAGUUCGAUGGGUCGGUCGACGACGUGGAGGGAACAGGGCACUUCACAGAUGGGAUGACACCUCUCGAUGUGCUCAGUUCAGUGUUUGGAUCCACCCUUGCGCCAUCUGAGCUUGAAGAUGCACUUUCUCAGAACGGCUAUGAUUUCAAUAGUGCUAUGGCAUGGCUUAUUGAUCGCGCUCUGCCUUCUCCACCUCACCACAGCUAA